UACGUGCGUCGUAAUUAGUAGCCGGUGCUUGGUCUGGGCAACGGAGCUCAGAGCGUUCUCUCCCCCGGAGGUCCUGGGGAUAAAUCACGAGGAUAUCACAUAGUAGAAUAACACUGUGUUUCAAUAACGCGCGCGCAGAUUGCCAUCAUAACAAAAUGAAUUCAUUUUGGAAGUGUAGGAGGAAACGAAGACCUUGAAAAUGUCGCCGAAUUGUUGCAGUUUAACCCAGUCUCUUAGGGGACUUUUAGUUUUAUUUUGUAUUUUAAGUCAUAUAGUUACAUCUCAACUGGUGAUCAACGUAAAAAACGACGGUGGUGACCUUGUUCAAGAAAGUAUAAACGCCGAUGUCAAACGCGAUGUUAUUUAUCUGCAGUUCCAAAAACUGGAUGGCACACUUGUGAAAAUGGUCAUUGACUUCAAAUCGGAGGUACGCAUCUUUAAAACCAUCGUUCUUGGGGAGGAGGAGCGACUUGAGAGUCAGUACCACAUCAUGUGCUUUGUCACCAAAUUCAGCAAAGCAGAGUUCAUCUCAUCGGAUGCUAUGUCCAAACUGAGACAGAAAAACCCUGGCACCAUCCGCAAUCCAGAAGAGGAUAAGGGCAGGGAAAGUAUGACCUUUGACAUGUCAAUCAACCUUGAGCGCUCAGCGAGGAUCAGCCCUCAUAUCUACAACACAUGUAUCGAGGCAAAGGAGAGAGUAUACACCAGAACGGCUGACAUCAAAGCAUGGUCUAAAGGCAACAGGGCUUCUCUUCUCUACCCUAAAUGGGCUCAUACUAUCAAGGGAUCCAAUCUGACCUACACAGCUCUCAUGAACGCUGUACAAGCAUUGCCAGUCUCCAGCAACGAAAAACAGUGCGGUGGGGUACCGGAAGUUCAGCUACCUUGCUCGUGCCAGCUGGAGGUCUGUAUCGGUUGGUACCCGUGCGGUCUCAAGUACUGCCGCGGGAGAGAUUCGGCAGGAAACGUCGUCAGCUACCGGUGCGGGAUAAAGACUUGUAAGCGCUGUCACUCGUUUAACUAUCACGUGGACCAAAAGCUGCAUUGUCUGUGGGAUGAUACGUGGAAGAGCUCAUUACCAGGAGCAGACGUAGACUAAAACGAAUUGGACCUGUGCUCCUUGAAGAGGUGCGGACUUGGAUGGAGCCAUUCCAUGUGACCAGGGACCUGUUUCACAAAACAUUUUUCAAGACAAAAAAAUCAGUGACAAAUCUGCUAAUAACCAAUCAGAAGCAAGGAUUUCAGUAGCUUAUAACAAAAACUGUCAUUUGUCACUGAUGACAAGUUUUGUGAAACGCCCCCCUGAUGUGGAGACAUAAUAAUCGCAUCUUUUCUACUUGGACUGAUAUGGACUAAACUAAUUGGCCCCAUUGUACUGGAGCGGAUACAGGACUAACCUUAAUUGGAACCUUUUACUGGGCCUGAUGUAGACUAAACUGAAUUGGACCAGUUCUGCUGGGGCUUGUUGGGAC